UCUAUAAAUAGAUCGGGAAAAAACCUCGGCAGAGCAUCAGAGCAUGUUAGUCAUUUGAGCGUUUGAUUCAGAAGGGCACUGAAAUAAACAGUCAAGCGUCUAGCGUGAUCUUGAUUGUAAACAAUCGCAGACGAGACGAGUCGAAAUGGCUGACAGGUUUGCUUCUCUGUCAGUGGAUGAAAAAGACAGAAUCUUUAACAAUGCAGAUGCGGCAAACACGAAAAGAGUUACCACGACGGCAGUGCGAGUAUUUAGAGAAUACCUUACAAGUAAAAGUCUUUCUGCGGAGUUUGAAACGUAUGAAAUCUCCGAGCUAGAUGAGGCCCUGGCUAACUUUUAUCUUGAAAUGAGGAACAAAAACGGAGAACUGUACAAAAAAUCUACUCUCUUAUCAUACAGACACGGAAUACAAAGACACUUGGAAUUGACACGUGAGGUUAACAUCAUGAAAGGCGAGCAGUUCAAGAAGUCUGUAAAGGCAUUUAAAUCUAUGACAAAAGAGUUGAAACGACAGGGAUAUGGGGCAGUUGACCAUUAUCCGGCCAUCAAUGAGGAAGAUCUGGCGAAAUUGUAUGAUUUUCUGACAAGUAGUCAGGAUGUACAACUCCUGCAGUAUAAGGUUCGUUUCCUGUCCAGUCCUUGAAGUGGCAUCCAGAGAGUAACACAAUCCUGUUGUUAAGUAAAGACCAGAUGUGUGUUUGUUACCUCAUCGACGCGAAGAGUACCGACAGCUGAUGACUGUAUCAUGUUUUACAUACCAUCCGUCCUUUAGUACUACGCUGGAGUCAUAGGGAUAUCACGAGAGUUUAAAAGGAGUAUUUAUGGUCUUUACAAAAUGAUGCUAAAACUCGUAUAUAACAAAAAUAAGUCAUAUUAGUUUACAAUACACAAAGCCAAAGUUUCCCUGCAUGUUAAAAUACAGUCAUUUUGAUCUGCGCAAUACCGGAAGUGAUAAUUAUAAACACCAACCAGAGAAGGGACACGCGUGUAGACCAAAUAAGGAUGCUUCCUCCCACAAUCAUAUUAUAACAAUGAGAUACAUACAUAUAGGACUUGUAUCCAGUAUCCUAGCAACUGUAUAGGACUAAUACACGGGCUUCUUGUACAAUUGUGAACCAGAUGAUAAAAAAUUACCAUGUUAUUUCUUAUCACAACAAUUUCUUUGACAGGAAGUUAAUGCAUUUAUUUAAUAGUAAAAGUAAUAAUAGGUUAUAAAAUCCAUGAGAGAAUUUCAGGGUGAUGAUGAAAUUAGAGGGGAUUUUCUUAUGAGAUAUACUACGUUCUGUAAUAAUGAGAUUUUCAACAUAUAAUGCUGGAGGUUAAAAUCCUCAAACCUGGCCAAAAUUAUCCGUUUUGAUAAAUUUUAAUAGAGAUGUGAUAAUACGGAUUUGUACCAUACCUACCAUUUGCAUUCAUGAUCAGAUUGUCUGGGAAGGCAAUAUGGUUAUAACUUAAUGAUACACAGAAUUGUAGAUUGUGACCAUUUUUGUUAUAAUCAUGUUUUAAAUUGUAUAUGUACCAUGAUAUAAAGAAAUGUGUGUCUAUUUAUAUUGUAAAGCAUGUGUAAGACAAGGAAAGGUAUUUGUUCACACUUGACAUAGAUCAUAGUAAUUAUUCUAUCUGAGGGUUAUAAAUGUGUAAUGGUUGUGAAAUUUUUUCCUCUUAUCUGAAUUUCAUGUAAAAGGGGUAAAAUAAUUAUAUCUCGUUGUCAUUCCAUUUGUUGCGCAAUUCCUAGAACAGUGUUUAAUUUAAAUAAGAAUGAUCUAGAAACCAACAUUCCCCAAGUGUAUGUCUUUGUUUUGUCCGUCCACGGUCACACUGCCAGGUGUCCAUCCAUAGUCACACCGCCAAGUGUCCGUCCACGGUCACAUCGCCAGGUGUCCGUCCACGGUCACACUGCCAAGUGUCCGUCCACGGUCACACUGCCAAGUGUCCGUCCACGGUCACACCGCCAAGUGUCCGCCCACGGUCACACCGCCAAGUGUCCGUCCAUGGUCACACUGCGGAUAUCAAUGUGUGAGGUUUUCAAUGAGGUGUUUUAGUUUUUCACUGUAGUAUAUAAGCAUGUGAAGUACUGUAAUAUGUGAUAGUAUUUUGUGGAUAUUAUUUCAGAUAUCAUUGAUACUGUACAGUAACUAAUACACAGUCAUGUAGUAUGUAUAUGGAUUCCAUACUCUAUUGAACAAUUUAGUUAGUAUUAUAAAGUGCUUCUUAUACAUUGUUAUAUGAAAAUUAUGACAGAUUUAAGCAAUAAAAUUGUAUUAAUUUUAA